GCUGUCGGUGGACGCGACCGUGGAAGAGAUGAUGGAACAAGUCUACACGAAGACGGGAGUUCACCCUCACUGCCAAAGGAUAUUCGAAAUGUACAAAGGCAAGAUCCACAAGUUCUUCUCCCGUGGUGCAACAUUGGGCAGCCCCGUACCGACCGACAUCCUGUUCGUGUUUGAGGUUCUAUCGGAGGCGCUGGCAGGCGAGCCCAUCGUGGAAGUGUUCGUCAUUCAGCGCGCGAUCGAGCACGUGUCGCAGGGAGCCAAUCGCUGCAGCUUCUGUCGCCGAGAAUACGAAAGCAGCAGCCGCCUUAAACGCUGCGCAAAGUGCUACAGAGCCGCCUACUGCGACCAGCAGUGCCAGCGCUCUCAUUGGUCGCAGCACAAACAGAGUUGUAAGGAGAUGCCGGACAUCGUCGGAUGUCCGUUUGUCGUCAGUCUGCCACGGUCGCGCGCAACCUUCUCCAACCUGUGUCAGUACAUGGAGGCUUACUCCAGGUACUCUGUGAACGUGUUCCAGCCCCCGGUUAAGCUUCUGCAGAAUGAUCAGACGGGGGCGGCGGCGGCGGCGGCAGCGGCGGCAGGGGGGACUCAGCAUCCCAGCUCAUCCUCGUCCUCAUCUCUGUGCAGCCUAUUGUCUCACAUGUCUCAGUAA